CCCUUUUUAGAAAACAAUUGCAAUCUGUGGGCACGAGUACCCAGUUUCUGGAAGGGCACAAUCGGAACUCAAAAUCAAACCACCAGCCAGUCUCCUUACUUCUGCCCAGACACAUACAUAAUAAACAACCAAAUUCUCAUCACCUAAAUCACUCAACAAUGACGCUUGGAUUGAUAAACGCAAAUCCGGUUGUACGUGAAAAGAAAGAAAGAAUCAGUCGAUCAGAUGUGCAUCUUCACUGUGACCUCCAUGACGCCGUUGAUCCUCUCGAGAUUUAUGAUUUUGUGAGGGAUAUAAGAGAUCCGGAGCAUCCUUAUUCGUUGGAACAGCUAAGUGUUCUCUCCGAGGAGUCUAUCACCGUCGAUGAGAAGCUCGGCCGGAUACUGAUAACUUUCACCCCAACCAUUCAGCACUGCAGUAUGGCAACUGUAAUUGGUCUAUGCCUCAGAGUUAAGCUGAAAGAUUGCUUCCCUCCACAUUUCAAGGUAGACAUCAAAGUAGCUCCUGGAUCCCAUGCAGAUGAAGAAGCAGUGAACAAACAAUUGAAUGACAAGGAAAGAGUUGUGGCGGCUAUGGAGAAUCCUAACCUUCGACAACUUGUUGACGAGUGCCUUCACUCGAGCGAGCUCUAAUCACUGCCCACUCGAUUAAUGUAUAGUAAGCUUACUCUGGUCCAUGUCGUUUGCAGUGUCUGCUUUUGGUAAUUUGUAUAACGAAAGUAACACUCAAUUUCAUUAUCGAUCAAAAUCCUAUAACGUUCUAUCUGGUAUUGAAUAGAAAUGGUGUUUUACAUUA